UCUUUGUCAUUCAGUUCCAAUUUGUGCAUUGUCGAGUGUGCACGCUUGCCACGGAGCGUUUUGCAUACGAUUACGUUUAUUAUGUUAAAAGUGUUUUGCUGAGUUUAUAAGUGAAUUUAUUUUCAAAUAUUAGAAGAUUUAUCUACUAUGAAGUACUUACGUAAAAGAUAUACAAAACAAUGAGUAACUUCGGUGCUUCCUUCUUCCUUCCAUAAUUUAAGAUGCCCAACACAAAUCAGUUACAGUAGUGUCCUUAAGCUGUAAACUCUAACGUAAGAUAUUGUCAAAGAAUAAAGAUGUCACACGGCGGCGUGAAGGCGAGAAACGGGGAUGGAGAGAAUGUGGAGUCAUCUCGAGAUGGUUCCGAGAGUCUAGCACCGCCCCCUGAUGGAGGCUGGGGAUGGAUGGUUGUUUUCGCAUCAUUUAUGAUACACAUUGUCACCGAUGGCAUGACCUACUCGUUUGGCGUGUUCUAUGCAGAAUUCCUGACCUACUUCAAUGAGGGCAAAGGCAAGACUGCGUGGAUCGUAUCUAUCCUUGUCGGGGUCACCCUUAGCUCAGGUCCAAUUUCAAGUUCCUUCGUGAACCGUUGGGGAUGUCGAACAGUCACCGUCGCGGGAGCGUUACUCUCUGCUGUGUGUGUGGUCCUGUCGUCAUUGGCCAACAAUGUAAAUACUCUCAUCAUCACAAUUGGCGUAGGCACAGGUGUCGGUUUUGGUCUCAUCUAUCUGCCGGCAAUUGUGAGCGUCACUGUAUGGUUCGAAAGAUACAGAAGUCUUGCCACAGGAAUCGCCGUGUGUGGGUCGGGACUAGGAACAUUCCUAUUUGCGCCGAUAACCUCUGCCCUCAUAUCGAACUAUGGCUGGAGAGGUGCAAUGGCUAUCAUUGGAGCAUUAAUUCUUAACUGCAUCCCGCUGGGACUUAUGUUCCGACCCGUUCCUGAAAGACCGAGGACACCUGUCACAGAACCAAUGCUACCAAAAGUAGACAAUAACAAUAAGAAGAAACUCCAAAGAUCUCAAAGUAUAGAACAUUUUCUACGAGUAAACGGGAAAGAUGACGUAGCGAGACUAACUCUUUCUCAACCCGCUUUAAAUAAGCAACAAGAACAGAAAAUGGGCUCUCGUCAGGGUAGCGGAAUUAUGCAAAGGCCUGACGUUUUAUACCAAGGUAGCAUGACCAGUAUAUCAAGAUAUAGAGGCGCUUCUAUUGAUAGAAAGGUGACAAAAGAGGAGGAACCAGAAGAAAAGUGUGGAUGGCUGCCCUGCUCAAAAGAAUUCAAAGUAGCGUUAUCAGAAAUGCUCGAUGUUUCUCUACUGGUAGAUCCUGUUUUCCUUUUAUUUUCUGUAUCAAAUUUUCUAACUAGUAUUGGAUUUUAUAUUCCAUAUGUGUAUACUGUGCCAAUGAGUGAGAAACUUGGCAUUGAAAAUCCACCUUACUUGAUCUCCAUUAUUGGUGCCUCUAAUUUGGUGGGUAGGAUCAUUCUUGGAUACAUCAGCGAUAAGCCCUGGGUGAAUCGUCUAUUGGCUUACAACAUAUGCCUGACAAUUGCUGGAAUAAGUACUGCAGCAGCAAUGUUUUGUUGGGAAUUUUGGGGUCUAGCGAUGUACGCAACAGCAUUCGGCUUUACGAUUGGUGCUUACGUUGGCCUAACAUCAGUGGUGCUGGUCGAUCUCCUGGGUCUAGAGAAGUUGACCAAUGCCUUUGGAUUGCUCUUACUAUUUCAAGGAAUCGCUUCACUUAUUGGACCGCCCUUUGCAGGAUGGCUAUACGAUACGUAUCAGUCCUACUCGCCAGGAUUCUACGUCGCUGGCGGAACUAUCUCCCUCAGCGGUAUUAUCCUAUUUCUCAUUCCUGUCUUCGAAAGAAGAAAUAACAGGUGGAAGAAUCAGGAAAUGGUGCUGGAGCAAAUUUAGCAGGACAUGUUCCGAGGGGCGAAGUACGAGUGUCCAAUUAUCGUGCUCCAUAGUCCCUCGACGUCCUCAAUCACUUCUUCAGAGGGCACCUAUUCCAACAGGGUAUAUACAACUAAUAUAGAUGAAGAUUUAGAACCAAAGUGUAUAAAGUGUGACUGUUUGGAUCAAGCUCAUUCCAAAGAUUGUGUGUGCGAAUUAGUGAGUGAUAUGUAGUAUAUUUAAUUAUUAAGAGGACUUCAACAAAUUUAACUUUUUACGACUUGUAUUGUGCUAUAUGUUUUAAAACGGCAAAUCAAUGAUUAUUUCAAUAAAAUUCUGCCAUACGGAAAGCAAAAAUAUAGUACAACAUAAUAUAAAUAGAUUUCAUUAUUUUGGAUUUCUUAAACCGUAAAAUUUAUAUGUAUGUAUUUGCUGAAUUAAAUUACAUAUAUGCGAAAUAAACUAUAUUCGAAGUGUCAAAACCAAAACAAGGUUUCAUUAUUGUAAUAAUUUAUUGUUUACAUAUUACAUUAAUUAUAAAAUUAUAUAUCAGAUUAGUGCCAUACUCUGAUUCAUUAAAUACAUUUGUUUUUAAAUAAAUUUCUUAAGAAAAAUGUCCAUUUCAGACAAAUUGGCACACGUAUUUGAAAUAAAAUAUCUCGAAUAAAACUAUUAUAAUAAAAGUUUCUUGCGACUAAAAUAUUAUGUAUUGAUUAAGUAUAUAACUAAGUGCUACCACGAAGACGAGUCUUAAAGUAGGGCCUAUUUAAUAAACCAUAUUUGACCUCUUGAAAAUUCAAUAAGGAGGUCACGUUUCAUAGUUAGAACUGCACAAUUGCUUUACUUUUUUCAAUUCUGUUAAAAUAAUAAUUGUAACGCACAAAGAAGCUAGUGAGAGUCUAAGUGAGGAAACUGAGUAGACCAACCUUUAAUCUUUUAGAUAUUUAUUGUAAUAGUAAGGAUAAAAGGUAAUUUAGUUCCACAAAGAAUGUGGACAUGAUUCCAGUUAUAUUUUAAAAGGUGAAUUGAUCAUGGUAAUAAUGACACGUAUUCAUACAUCAAUUAAAUAUUAAUUUAAUAUUUUGUCCUUUUCACACCAAUGCUCUUAUAGAAAAAGGUGUCAAAACAUUUUAAACUAUUUAAAGCAUACUACAAUAGCAUAUUGUGCGUGAUUGGAAAGAAUUCGCGUGUUCGUUUAAGUAGGGUUGUUUUGAAUUGUUUUUAGUAGGAAAAACCCAUUUUAAACGACUUCUGUGCAACUAACGACAUUUCUAGGAAACGUGUUUUCAGGAGUUUUCGUAGAAAAAAAAUGAAAUCAAGUCCGACAUGUCUUCGUAGAUAGCAACACUUAUUGGCAAAUUUAUUUAAAUAAUUUUUAAGUAUGGCAAUUAGCAGAACAAUAAUGUAUUCAAGUUACAUAAUAGAUGGCCUUAUUGUGGACCAAAAAAAGCUUAGGUAUUACAAUAAUAUACUUUUAAAAUAAGCUACCACUUUUGUAUAUACAAAAUACAUGCUGUAUUAUAUGAUUUAUUUUAAAAUUAAUAAUGUCUAUACUGACAUUUUAUCGUACAAAUGGUCAUUGUUGAUUUCGACUGAUUCAAUACCUUACAGUUACCUGAGUAAAGUUACCGUUAUAAAAUA